UUUUUUCCCCAAGUUUGAAAGUUGCUAGGAAAUGGCAGCAGGAAAUCCCUACGAUCUGCUCUUUGUCACGAGAAUAAUUUCCACCUUAUUAGGUACAAAUUUAUUUAUAUAACAACUGAAAGUAAAACAAGAAUGGAGGAGGGGGUGGAGCAUUUGCCGCUGUCACUUAUGCAAACCUUAUCCUAACUUCUGUGUCGUGUUGACUUGCUGCUCAGCACUCCGAGACUUGCCCCAAAAUGUAAUUUCCUGAUCCAUAUGCUGUGCUUCUCUUCUGAGUAAUGGUCCAGCAGGCAGGAUGCUGGGGAUGGUACAGCCAACACAAAACUCUGCUGGAGCAUUGAGCAGGCUGCAGACUCAGAAACCACACCUGAAAAGUAUUUGUCUGCAGUAUCUGCUUCUGAACAGCCAUUGCUUUUGCCUUUUAAAGAAUGGGAUGGGACUAAUCAUCUUCUUCCUAUGUGCUUAUGUACCAAAAACAGAAGCAGGUCAUUGCAAGUGGGCAGAAGUUCUGAAAGAUUUGGAAAGGAUCAAGACAUCCAAAGAUAUUGAUGUCAGUUUAUACACUGCAAAUGCAGAUGAGGAUGAAGAAUGCCAAGAACUUGUAAUGAGAUGCUUUUUCUUAGAGACAGAAGUGAUAAUUCAAGAAUGUCGUAUCAAAAAUUGUAGUCAAACACAGGAUGUGUGGAAUAUAUGGAAAAAUGGAAAUGAAAGCUUUGAAAAAAAUAAGUUGACUUCCACAAAAUCAGAAAAAUGCAAAGAGUGUGAAGAAUACGAAGAAAAAAAUUUUACAGAAUUUGUACAAAAUUUUGAAAAGGUUAUACAAAGAGAUUGCAAACACUGACCAAAAGACAUAAGCUGGGAAACAAGAUUCUUACAUGAACAACCUCAGAGAAAUUAGAUUAUCACCAAAAAUAAACCAGAAAAAAAAAUUUACAAUCCUCUUGGCUAUCUCUUAAUAUAUCUGUUUCUAUUGUGGUUUUCAGGUAAGCCCAAUUACUUCUUCUAACCAAGAACUCAAAGUAAAAAAUUAGAAUAUUUAUGUGAAGACUCUUCUUUGUCUUUUCCCCCUAUUGUACAAUGCUAGCAUAAGGGCAUUAAAAAUUACCUCCAGUCUUCUCACAGAAGGUAAAGCUGGUGCUUGGUUUUUAUAUCCAACAACAACAUGUACUGUUCCUUCAUUUGUUAUCUCUAACAUGACUUUAUUAAUUAAUGGAAUGACUACAACUCCUUUAUUGAUUGCCAAAGACUUCAACUGAGAUGUCAACCAAAGCAGUGUUAAGUGACCAAGUCUCUUGCACUCUUAAAAAAAAAUAAAAAUUCUAUGAAUUAGGUAGAAAUCUUGCCUGUGAAGUAGGGUUUGUAACUUUAUUCUCCUUUUGGAAAAGAACUUUAAAGACACAAAUCACUUUUGACCAAUUAUUGGAAAUCAUAACUACAUUUCUAAGACUCAAUGUGGUCACCUGUCCUCUGGUAUUUCUGUAACGCUGUCCAGUCUCCUUUGGGCUCUUUCUAAACUAACUGCUUUCCCCAUGAUUCAUAUUCAUGUCAUACCAGCUGCCAUCCAUAAUAAGUAAUUAUUUUCUCCAGGCACCUCCAUUCCUCUAUCUUCAACUGAUAAAUGGCUGAGUCAUUCAGCUGUCCACUUACCGGGAAGGAAAUUUCAAUCUCAUUACGGCAACAAACACACUGCCUGCUUCUCUUUCCUUGUUGGGAUGCUCCCAACAGUCAGUCUUUAGCACUCUGAGGAGAUGGAAUCUCCAGUAAACUGCAAGAGGAAGAACAUAAAUAUGAGCAUGUGGGAUGUCAUCUUCCGGGGGACUUGUAGACAAACAGGUUGGUAAAUCCAUAAGCACAUUGAUAUCAGCAUUAAUCACUGGCAGAAAUAUCACAAAAAAGAAAUAAAUUAUUUGCCAACAUAAAA